AGUUUUGUUUAAUUUAUCUUAGUUUAAUUACUGACCAUUAGUUUGUAUAAGAUAUCAUGUCGCAAUUACUUUAUAAAUAUUUCUUGAAAAAGACCCAAUUAGACCACAUUGCCACAGCAGGUCCCGAAGAUGACCCAUACUUCGAGACUAUUCCUGAUAAUGAAUUACAUUUUUAUCAAAGAAAGGGAGCCAAGAGAAGAAGAAAGCUUCCAGAUUUCAUUCCCGAGAAUGACUUAAGGGUAUUAGAGAGUGUCAAGAAGCAAGCCUAUCGUCUUGACCUUCAAUUGAGUUUAUGUGGUUACAGAUUAGGCUGGUCUGGUAUCAUUGGGAUAUUUCCAUGGGUAGGAGAUGUCAUAACUUUGUUUCUUGCCUUGAAUAUCUUAGACACAGCUCGAGCAAUUGAAGGAGGUUUACCCCCACUUUUGGAACUGAGAAUGUACUUCAAUAUCGCAUUGGAUUUUGGGAUUGGUUUAAUCCCAUUUGUGGGGGAUGUGGUUAAUAUCUUAUAUAAGUGCAAUUCCAGAAACUUUGUAUUGUUGGAGCAGCAUUUGGUUAAAAAGUAUGGCCAUGCUGCUGCUGCCGUACCUGCUACGACUGGGACCACAGAAGUCAAACAUUCCGCAACCUCUGCAAGCCUUACUUCACCAGCAGCAGCACACACUGCUCACGCCACUCACGCUGCUGAGGAAGGUUACCCUAAUGAGAAGGUUCACACUAAUGAGAAAGUUCCUCCUGUUCACCCUGUUCCUCCUGUCACGGCGAGUGUCGACAAAACUUAGACACCUAAGACUUGACUUUUGAUUAUUGUUCUGUAUUUAACUAUGUACAUUAAGACUUUAUUACUUCAUUAUUUUACUGUUUAACUAACGCUCUACUUAACUAAUACAUGAU